AUGGCGCGCAUCGCCCCGGUGAGUUACGUGUGCUCUUGGGUGCAGUGUGCACCCAUUCUUUGUUCUCUCCCUGCGUGCGGCGAGGUGUUUCGGCAGAGCUUCGCUUCAGGGGAGCCAGAGCAGAUCGACCGGGCUCUACAGCUGGCGCUAGAGGGUCUCCCACCUGACGUCCUCUCUCUCCUUCCCUCCUGGCCCUCUUGCGCUUCUGCCUCUCCCGAUUCCCUUUUUGCAGGAGCGAGCCGCCUUCUGGAGGCGCACGCUUUGGAGGCCGUGCGUGCCCGUCACACCUCUCCCUUGCACCUUGCCCGUUUGACUUCCCUUCAGGGCGGAGGUGCAGGAGCGUGGUUGCAGUCGGUGCCGUAUGCCGAUCCACUGCGCCUCUCAGAGGCGCUGUGGCAGGUGGCUUCAUCAUCUCGUCUUGGUCUCCCUAUCCCCCAGUUAGCCCUUACAGGUCAGUGCUCCUGUGGACAGGCGAUCGACGACAUGACGGUGCCUCAUCACGCGGUCCGGUGCCCACGUUUCGGCGUCGCCACGACCAUCCACGACACGGUGAAGUUCAUGCUCCGAGACUUCGCGGUCGAGGCGGGUUUCGCGGUGAAGGUGGAGGACUCUACGCUGUUCACACAGUUAGAGGAGGCUCGAGCGAGGCUGCAGGGACUGCCGGUGGCGGGAGGGGGGACACGGGCUGGGGGACCGCUGGAGCAGAGGGGCGAGGCGCGACUGCCGGGUGGCGACGGGCAGUGGGGACAGCAUCAGCGGCGGGGGCGGGUGGCACGAGGGGCAGGGGGGCUGAGGGGGCGGCAGGGGGAGCAGACUGGCCAGGGCGAGGAGGGGGAACAGCAGAGACAGCGGCAGGAGAGCCAGCGGAGGCCGCAGGCCCAGGGCGCCGCGCCUUCGGGUUUGGGCCCGGGGGUGGGUCAGGAGCGGGAGCAGCAAAGAGCGGACGGAGGUGCAGGGGGGGCAGCGGGAUCGGGAGGGGAGGACCAGGGAGUGAGAGAGGCAGCAGGGGAUCGAGUAGAGGGGUGGGGAGGGUUGGGGGAGGGUAGAGAGGGGGAGGGAAGAGGACAGGCGGGCGGAGGAGAGGGCAGGGGGAGAGAGACGACCGGAGAGGAGGCACCGAGGGACCAGACAGGGCAGCAGCCCGCGCAGCAGCAGGGACCAGUCGGACGCACAGGCCGCGUAGGCACCCCUUCCCGCAUCCCAGACCUCACGUGCCGCGACGUUGGGCAGGGUCUGAUGGUCCUUGUGGAUGUCUCCAUAGCGGAUCCACAGCGGGAGGGGAACGUGCAGCUGAGACGGGCGACCCCCACACAGAUUGGAGUGGCAGCAGCUAGGCGGGUGCAGGAGAAGCUGCGUCACUGGGGGCCGCACUUAGAGGGGUUGCAGCCGGCACCACACUUUUACGCGUGCGUGGUGGAGACCUUUGGCCUUCUCAGCGAGCCGCUGCGUCAGUUUCUGGGGCUCUGCGCAAAGCGGAUAGCACAGCGGAGGAGGGAUAGGGGAGGGGGGGAUGACGGAUCGGCACGGAUAUUUGAGGCAGGACUCACUACACGCCUCUCCGUGGCGCUGCAGCGCGCGCAGGCUCAAUGUAUCAUCCAGCAUGCGGUGCGGCAGGCGGGGGGGUCCGACGACGGGUGGAUGCCCGCACCGGUUCCACUGGGUGCGGGGCAGGGUACCUGGCACCAUAUCACAGGGUGCUUCGAGAGUGCUGCAGACAUGCAAUAUAUAUAUGAUGCGUAUGUGUAG